AUGCCAAGGGGCAGCCCGCUCCCGGCGCCACUCGCCGCUUUGAACGCCGGCUCUGACGUAAGCCCGGCCGACAUUGCCCUCUCCGCGAAUCUUUGCACGUGGGGCUUGCCGCUCCUCUCAAUCCGCGGGUGUUUGUCCGUCGACACCCCGCCGCCGCUCGUCUUUGAGUUGCUUAAGUCGCCGGAGAGGCGCGCCGCGUGGGACGUCCUCCUCAAAGAGGGACGGCUCGUUCGUCAGAUUGGGCCGGACAACGCGAUCGUCCACGAGGUCUUUGAGCCGCUUAGUGGCGAUUUGGGCCGGCCGCACGACUACGCACUGAUCAGCUCCUGGCGGUGUGAGAGCGACGGGUCAUACGUGAUCGCUUCGCGCUCGAUUGUCGUGGAGGAAGUGCCGCCCUCGCCGCAAUACCAGAGGGGCGAGGUGUUGCCUUCUGGCUGGUGGAUACAACCGCAGACAGACGGGUCUGGCAGCGAGCUAACGUAUGCCAUCUAG